CUCACUUUUGACUGUCUCUCCGGUAAAGGCUACGUCAUCAAGGAUACCCUUCCCUUUGGCUUUCGGCUGGACCACAUUCCUGUUUUUCACAUAUAAGAUCAUCCUCUGCUCCCGCGUACACGCGUGUGUGUCUAGCCCACUGGCUGCUCACACAGAUAUCCUUUCAUGAAACGACCACCUGCGAGCUGUCCCAACCCAUCCGCAAACACCAUCCUCAGACACCCAAGCAUACUCAGUACCUCGCCCUUACUCAAGAUGCCUCUCGUCGUGCCAGACCUCGCCUCCUCGAGCUCGGAAGACCGGAACCAGGAGUGGACCACCAAGCUCGUCGGCAAGACCGUCAACGACGACGGCCAUAGCGAGACUAACUUUUGCAAGAAGGACCUCCCCGAGAACUGCCGCGUCCUCACACCCGGCGCCAUGGCGACCAGGGACUUCCGGCCCGACCGCCUAAACGUGCACGUCAAGGAGGAUGGCACCGUCAGCCACGUCUACCACGGCUAGACGACGAGGAAGAGUAGGAAUUUCGCUGUUUGAUGACUUUUCAAAAUUGGAGCGGCUCCAAGAGAGCUCUCCAGGUAGUAAAGCGAUAGUACUUCCAAUAAAUUUCGCCAUUUGCAAAGCAA